AUGGCGAAAGCCUUAUUCGUCACUUAUUUGAUUGCUUUGUCAAUCGGCUCAACGGCUAGCUAUUCUACGGAAUGCACUGUUGGACCUGAAUAUUGGUGUAAAUCAUUCGAAAAUGCAGAAGAUUGUGGUUCGAUACAACAUUGCACUGAUACAGUUUGGAUUCAUGAUAGUAAAUAUACGUCCGUCGAUGAAUCUUCAACAUGUCAAUGGUGUCAAAGAAUGUUUCAAAAUACUCAAAAAGGCUUAGAAGAAGUAUCGAGCAAUGAAGACAUGAUUGCAUCCACAUUGAAAGAUGAAUGCAAAUCAUUAUUUCCAACUGACGUUUCAUCGAAAUGUACAAAUGUCAUUGAAAAAUAUCGACAAUCAGCUGUUACAUUAUUGAAGAAUAACCGUUUUGCGACAUUGUGUCGUUUAAUGAGUAUUUGCACGAGUGGAUCAACUACUGAAAAAUCACCGAUUAUCGUUGGACAACAUCAAUGUACAUGGGGUCCAUCCUUUUGGUGUUCAUCAUUGAGUAAUACACGCCAAUGUAAUUCAAUUGAUCAUUGUUCAAAACAAGUUUGGUCACAACAAGCAAUUCAACACAAAGAAAAUGAUAAUAUUUGCCAAUAUUGUGAAUAUGUUAUUACAAAAUUACGCAGCAUUCUAGCCGAAAAUAAAACAGAAAUUGAUCUCGAAAAAUGGUUGUCCGGUGCUUGUUCAAUGUUAGCAUCGAAAGAUAAGAUCGACGAGUGUAUAAAAACGAUGAGUCAAUAUGGAAAAGAAAUUCUCGUUCUAGUCGAAAAUAAUAUUGAUGCGGGUGUAAUCUGUCAUUUGGGACAAAUGUGUAAAGAUGCAACAAUUGUACAACGUGAAGAAACUGUUGAAACUCAUCCAGACGAAGAACAUAUUGAUAAUGGAGAAAUCAAACAAGCACCGUUUGAUGAACAAUCAAAAAUAUUGUGCAAUGUUGUUGUCCGUGCUACACACGAUCUUCAUGUUAAUCAACAGAAAAGUCAGAGUGAAAUUCAAACAUUUCUGAAAAAUGAUUGUCAGAAAUUAACAACUUCUGAACUAAAACAAAAAUGUGAAAAUUUAAUUGAUCGACAUGGUAAUGAUAUCUAUGGGCAUGUAACUAACAAUAGGGAACUGUCAAACGUCUGUGAAAAUAUUGAUUUUCUUGACGAUGAACUUUCGUCACCUGUUCAUUGUGAAGUAUGCACAUUCGUUUUGACAAAUGUUAAAUAUAUGCUUGAUGAUCAGCAUUCUGAUGACGAAAUUCUUCACUAUAUCGAUCAACAUUUAUGUUCGAAUUGGAAUGGCGAAAUAAAACAAAAUUGCAAAUUUGUCAUCGAAAAUAUUGGAGAAAAUUUGAUCGAAAAGAUGAAAAAUGGAACAAAGUCAUUGCUACUUUGUAAUUAUUUUCAAGUCUGUCACAAUGAAAUAAGAGAUAAAACAAGUCCAAUACAAAAAAAUGAAAUGCGGGCAUUUCUCAGCGAAAAUAUUUGCGAUCAACUUGGACCGUACGAAGCUACGUGUUAUGCAUUAAUGGAAAACGAUGCGACAAAUGUUUUGAAAACACUCGUCAAUAAUUUUGAUGGAGAUAUUCUUUGUCAAAUGUUUGGAAUAUGUCAAAUGAAAAUGUCAUUGAAAGAUAAUUUAUCAAUUAAUGAUGAUAAGAAUGCCUGUAAACGAUGUGUUGAUGAUUUCACGCGAAGAAAGCAUAUCGCUGAGAAACUUUUGAAUCAUUCAUCGGAAUUUUUGCAUCACUUAUGUGGACAACUACCUCAAAAAGAUGAGUGUACUGCAGCAGUGGACGAAUCGAUUAAUAAACUUGUUGCAUUUAUUCAAUCGUUGAAUCCACAAGAGAUUUGUGUCGAAUUAAAGAUGUGUACUGAAGUUUUAUUAGAAAACCUAGAUCCAAUGCGAAUAACCACAUCGGAUAGUAUGAUGAGUCACGAAAUCAUUGUUUAUAUUAAAAAUGAAAUUUGUGCCAAAUUCGGACCAUUGUCAAAAUUGUGUUAUAAUUUAGUAGAUUCUGAAGGUGCAAAUCUAUUUUCUAAUAUUGCUAAAGGUGUAGAUCCACAUAGAGUAUGUGAUGUACUUAAUGUAUGCCCAACGACAAAAGCGUUUGAAAAUUGCAAUGAUAAGUGUGAAUGUUGUGUGGCUAAAAUUGAAAAUUAUCAAGUCGAAUUAGCUGCAUUCUUGCAAACCAUGUUAUCGACUACCAAUUUCUUAUGUGAACAAAUUCCGAACUCGGAGAGUUGUCGUAAUGUUGCUACCGAAUUCAAAUCGAAUAUUGAUCAAAUCAUUAAUCAUUUUAAUGCCAAACGCAUCUGUCAAGUGUUAACUCACUGUUCGGCAGCUGCUGUAGAUUGUAAUACGGAGAACGACAGAUGUGGAUGUUGUCAAAAUAAUUUAAAUUUUCGCCAAAAUAAUUUUCGUACUGUAGCCAACGAAAUAACAACAACUCUUGUUUCUCUAUGUCAAGCAACUGGCUGUUAUUCAUCAAUUAAAUUAAACCAUCAACAAAUUACAGACAAAUUAGAUCGAACAAAAUCUUUUAUAUUUUGUCAACGUUUCGGCCUUUGUACAGUUACAAAAUCAUUUCGAUCAAUGUCAACCUCUCCUAAUUCAAUGGCUGGAAUUCAUGUUGAUCUUGGAUCAUCCAUCGAAGCAUUUUUGGAUAGUUUUUGCUCUGAAUUUGGAGAUUUCAAAUCAAUCUGUGAGCAAUUAAUAGCAUCGAAACAGUAUGAUUGUUAUGCUAAAGUUUAUCUUGCUUUAUUGAACAAUAAUCAAAAAUUGAUUGACGCUGAUUUACAUGAACUAAAAGCUGAUACUUGUGAUCAAUGUAAAAUUAUGGUUCAAUCAUCGAAAGAUUUCUGGCUAAAUGGAUUAGAAUCAGCUCGUAAUGCUUUACUUCAAACAUGUGAAAGUUGUCCAGUCAAAGAUCAAUGUCGUGAACUUUUCAAUCAACAAUUUGAUAAUCUUAAAUCUUAUGUCGAUGGAAUCAAUCCUGAACAAUUCUGUCAAAACAUUCAUCUUUGUUCGGUGUCGUCAGUUGGCAAAUGUUCAACAUGUGUCGAACGUUUACAAUUACGAAAAGAUGCAAUUUCACAAGCUAGUGACAGACUUACAGGACAUUUCAGAGAUCUUUGCCAACAAAAUGCCGAUAAACAAUGUCAACUUUAUGUUCAACAAGUUCAUGAUUUAGUCCAACUCUCAUUGGAAGAGUUUGAUCUAACUGAAACAUGUACUGCAAUGGGUUUUUGUACAACGGAAAAUUCUGAAAAGGAUCUAGGCUUUGAUCAAUAUGAGAAAAAUGUAGAGAACGAAAUUGUUAAAAAUAUCUGCUCGACUCUUGGCCCAUUUGAAACAUUGUGUAAAAGUAUUAUUCACGGAGACACAAAACAAAUUCAAGAAUUAAAGAUUAACUACGAUAUUAAAGAUUUAGUGCAAAUCGAGAAACAAUUAACAGAUAAUUUAUCGAAUACAGAAGAUCUUGAUGAGCCAACCCAAGAUAAAUGCAAACAUUGCCUUUUUCGCGUUACACGACGAAAACGCCAUACUAAAUUUGUCGGUGACAAAAUGUUUUUCUCUUUGAUUCGUUCAUGUCAAUUCUGCCCAGCUAAGCAUCUCUGCCGUAGACACUGGCGAAUGAGACAAGCACGAUUUGAUGCACACAUUGAUCGAAUCAAUCCAAAACGUGUUUGUAUUCAUUUUGGCUUUUGUAAUAAAUCAUCGUUAUGUGACAAUGUGGGCAGUUCUCAAGCAGAAUGUGACGAAUCAAUCGAAUCGAACAAAUCAGAAAUUGAAGAAAUUAAAAAAGUUGAUGACUCAAAUGCAACAUGUGUACUUUGUGAAUAUGUAAUGCAUAGUCUUACGAAUUAUAUAAAUAGUCAAUCGACUCAAAAAGAAAUUGAGGAAAAUUUAGAAAAAGUUUGCAGUUUAAUACCAUCAACGUUGAGAAAUCAAUGUUAUGAUUAUAUUGAUAAUUAUGGUCCACCAAUAAUUGCAAUACUUCUUCAAGAAUUUGAUCUUGCAACAGUUUGUCAUAAACUUAAUUUAUGUACAAAUCAAAUGAAAAUCGACAUUACACAUAUACUGAAAGCAGAUACUGCAACAUGUGGUAUUUGUGAUUAUAUAUCAACAUUCUUAAAUUUUGCUUUAAAACGCAGUUCACAAGAAAAAUCUCUCCAACAUAGUUUAUCAACUGUUUGUUCGCAUCUAUCCGAAGAACAACAAUCAAAAUGUCAAACAAUUGUUCAUCUAUUUUCACCACAUAUUGAACAAUUAAAACUUAGUCCAGGAGAUAAUUUUUGUCAAGAACUACCUUUGUGUCAAACACCGAUGAGUGAAUUACAACCAGCGAUACCAUUGAAAAAAGAUGUUGAAAAAGAACCAAUGAUUAAUCAAAAAUUGAGUGAAACUCCACAAUGUACACUAUGUCAUUAUGUUAUUUCCUAUUUGGAUGCUGUUCUAAAGAAUAAUAAAUCAGAACAAGCUGUUGAAGAAGCAUUGAAAAAAGUUUGCACUAUUCUACCAAGCAAAGAACGUACUACAUGUGAGGAAUUCGUUAACUCAUAUGGACCUGUACUUGCACAAUUAAUUGCUGAAAUAGCUGAUCCAAAUACAAUUUGCAGUUAUCUUGGAGUGUGCCAAAAUUCGAUAGCCAAGCAAUCGACAACAAAACCAAUAACUUCAGUUACGACAUCAUCUCCAGUUAAGUAUGGUAAAUGUAUAUUUGGCAUGAACUAUUGGUGCGCAAGUCGUGCAAAUGCCGAGUUGUGCAAUGCUGUUGAAUUAUGUGAACUUCACGUUUGGUCGAAAAAACAUAUACUGAUUACUUAG